AUGGCAGCGGGAACCUGCAGCAUUGUCAUGGAAACCUCUAUACACAGCACCAGUGAUACAGAGGAGAAAGAGGACUCUUGUUAUUCUGACGAUGAUGAUGAUGAUGAUGACGACGACAACAGUGUCUAUCGGGAAUUUGAUGAAUUGGAAUUCUUCAAAUUACUAGACACCAAAAGCAUUGUGUCAGAUGAUUCUUUCUAUCCACCUAACAAUUCAGUCACGUGUUCGAGAUCUCCAACCCCUGAGGGUUCAGAGCUUUUCACUUUUUUCAUGGCGUGCUGCAGUAACAAUGCCAUCAUAGUCAAAAUGAUGAUCAGGAACGGAGUCAGUAAAGACGAAGUUCAAGAAGUGGAUAAAAACAACAGGACUGGUCUGAUUGUAGCGUGUUAUCAGGGCUAUGUGGACAUCGUCAUCGCCCUCUCACAGUGUCCAUAUGUGGAUGUGAACUGGCAAGACAGCGAGGGCAACACAGCUCUCAUGAUGGCUGCACAAGCAGGCCAUGUUAUGAUCACCAACUAUUUACUGAACUACUUUGCUGGGGUGGACAUCGAACGCAGGAACUGUCACGGCUUCACGGCUAUUAUGAAAGCAGCCAUGCAGGGCCGUGCCAACUGUGUCCAAGCCCUUAUGAUGUCAGGUGCAGACAUUGAUGUGAGGGACUAUGGACGUAAGCUGACACCGCUCAAGUGGGCACUUUUCACAAGUCGCUAUGAGACAGCACAGAUGAUGCAGAGGCUUAUGACCCGGCCAAGUGCCGAGCAGUUCUGUGACUCAUUCCGCAUGGAGUGGCCCAAGCUGUCUCAAAUGGUGUGCCAGACACAGGAACCCCAAGUACCCUGGAGGCGGUUGUUGGACUGCAUGUGUGGCACCUUCAACCUUGGAAUGAGGAUGGAGCCUCUGGAGGGGGGUGUGCUAGACUACAUGGUGCGCCUGACCACAGCACUGGCAAGUCCACUUGUGGCCACUGCCUGCAGCACAGUAUGCCCAGGUAGCCCACCAUGUGUAGGCAAACAUCGACCAGCUGUCCCAGAUAUUCUGCGGGGCAAUGACAAGCGAUUGAAGGAUCUUAAGAGCCUGGAAAACUAUAAGCGUCUCUUCCAAAAUGGUCAUAUGCCACUGGUUUGCAAGGACCAGAAGCAGUGUGCCAGCUUGCAAGUGCCAGUGCUGCCAGAUGUGGUGUUGGCAUCCAGCAUGACACUGCGCAGAAACAGCCUACUGCCACUGUACAUAAUACACAGGAGAAGUGUGUGCCCAGGCCUGGUGGUGCCCAGAGUACGCCUGUGCAAGGCUCCACCACCAACCUACACACCCGAGAGGAACCGGUGCAGAAGCAAGGAUUCACAGUACCUGCAGGUACCCAAGUGGAAAUACAAGGCAUUGAAAGAGGAGAAGGAGCAGGAAAAGCAAUACGAUGAGCUGAGGCUUCUUAUCAUUAAGAAGAGAUGA